AAAACAAACAGAUUACAGAAUACAUUUCAGUUUGUAUUUGUAUUGUCUAUAGACUAUAUAUAACUGCAUAAUAACUACAUUGUAUAAAUUUUGGAUUAGUUUGCCUUCAUACACAAAAUCUUAUAAUAUUUUUAAAACUAAAAUUUCCGGCAAUCGGCGGUUGUUAGUAGAAAAAUAUGGCGUGUUGUACAAAAAAUGGUGGACCUGGGUACAAAAGUCCCAUGGAUGCUUUUAUCAAUGGUAAAAGAGAAACAAUUUUGUAUGUUGUAUGCAUUCAGCCAAAUUCAGAAAUAGUCAAUAAACCAGACUACUUGGCUACAGUUGAUGUAAAUCCUGAGAGCCCAACUUAUUCCCAGGUCAUAUACAGAACUUACGUAGAAAAAGUUGGUGAUGAAUUACAUCAUUUUGGUUGGAAUACUUGUAGCAGUUGUCAUAGCGAUUGUUUAAAAAAGCGAAAUAAAAUAAUUUUGCCUGCAUUAGGGUCUGAUCGAAUUUAUAUUUUGGAUGUAUCUGAUGAAAGAGCUCCUAAAUUGCACAAAACAAUUGAACCAAAAUACGUUCAUGAUUUAAAUGUUUCUGCUUUACAUACAUCCCACUGUCUUCCUAAUGGCUAUGUAAUGAUUUCGACAAUGGGUGAUGCUGAAGGUAAUAAGAAAGGUGAUUUUUUGUUAAUUGAUGCUGAAGAAGGAGUGGUAAAAGAAACAUGGACAAAAGGAAAAACUGCUGAAUUUGGCUAUGACUUCUGGUAUCAGCCACAUUGGGAUGUUUUAGUUUCAUCAGAAUGGGGCACACCGAAAUAUUUUAAAACUGGUUUUCAUGCUGAACACGUAAACGAUCCUGAAAAAUAUGGACGUUCGCUUAAUUUUUAUUCUUGGUCAGAAAGAAAAUUAAUACAAACAAUUGAUUUAGGCACAGAUGGUAUAGCUCCAUUGGAACUUCGUUUUUUACAUAAUCCAUUAAAAUGUGAAGGUUUUGUUGGAUGUGCUGUUAAUAGUUGUGUAUUUAGGUUUUAUCGUAAAAAUGAUGGUUCAUGGGGUUCUGACAAGGUAAUUAGUGUUCCUAAUAAAACAGUGCAGGAUUUAAAUGGUACACGAGAAGUAUCAGGAACGAUCACUGAUAUAUUAAUUUCACUAGAUGAUAAGUAUCUGUAUUUUUCUAAUUGGUUACACGGAGAUAUCAGACAAUAUGAUAUUACCGAUACACAAAAUCCACAGCUUGUUGGUCAAAUAUUUUUAGGUGGGUUGAUAUUAAAAGGAAGUGAACUGACAGUCAUAAAAGAUACUGAGCUUAAGGAACAACCCUUACCUGUUUUCAUCAAAGAUAGACGGCUGUAUGGCUCACCACAAAUGUUGCAAUUAAGUUUAGACGGAAAACGGCUAUAUGUGACUACUGCUUUAUUCACACCGUGGGACAAAGAAUUUUUUCCAGAUUCUGUCAAAAAUGGUUCUACUUUGGUUAAAGUUGAUGUAGACACAGAAAAAGGAGGUUUAACUUUGGACAGAGAGUUUUUAGUGGACUUUGGAAAAGAACCUUUUGGACCUGUAAUGGCCCAUGAAACAAGGUAUCCAGGCGGUGACUGCACUUCAGAUAUUUGGUUAGCCGAUGAAUUAUAAAACAUGCAAGUUAACCAGAAAAACUAUAAAAAUUAUUUAUUAUCAUAAUUAAUUUUAAACAAAAAUAUUCUUCUUAUAUAUAAUUAAAAAAAAAAUUAUUAUUUGAUAAUUCUAAUAUCUUUAGAGGUUGAGGAUACAAAUAAUGAAAUUGUAUCAAUUAUUGAAGAGUUAA